AUGGCGUCCGCAGCCUCAAAAGUCGGCAUCGCCUCCGUCGUGCUCCCGCUCACCGCCGCCGGCGCCACCUACAUGGGCCGCGGCCUCCUCCAGGUCAACUGGCAAAGGGCGCUGGUUGACUUCUUCACCGGACCGGGGCGGACGAGCCGGAUCCUGCUGCUCGUGUUCGUGGCGGCGAACCGCAAAAACAUGCUCUUCGUGUGGACGGCGCGGGUGUGGGGAGCCGUAUUCCGACACAUACUGCUGCCGCGCGGCCCGCUCCCCAUGGGCGCGCUGUUCCAUUACACCAUUAGCGAGUCGUAUACCCCUCUCCUGGAGACCGACUAUAACAUGCACAAGUCCAACUCGACGUACUUUACCGACCUCGACGUUGCGAGGACCCACCUCGUUAUGCACCUGCUGGUUGACGGUAUGCGCAAAAUACGGAACGGCGAUCUCGUCAUCCGCGACAAACAGGGCAAGGAGGUCCCGGGGACGCUGACGACGGCGCUGGGGUCCGUCUUCUGCUCGUGGAAAAGGGAAAUACUCCCCUACAGGGGCUACGAGAUCUGGACCAGGGUGCUAAGCUGGGACCGCAAGUGGCUGGUCAUGGUCAGCUACUUUGUCGAAAAGGGCAAGGUGCUACCGACAGGGUUCGACAUGGGCAGCAAGCUCGGUGCUUCGGGCAAGGUGCGCAACAAGGCCACGGGCGCCGUGGCCGACGACAGCAGCGAAGACUUUCAAAAGUACGUCUACGCCACCGCCGUCUCGCGCUACGUCUGCAAGAAGGGCCGCUUCACCGUCCACCCGGCCAUCGUGCUCGAGGCCAGCGGUCUGCUGCCCGAGAGGCCCGGCGAGGGUUGGCGCGGCGGCGAAUCCGAGACGGGUACGCCCGACGACCUGUCCGACGUCGACACGUACGCCGAGUGGGACUGGAGAAAGGUCGAGAGCCGGCGGAGACAGGGCCUCGUCUUUGCCGAACACUUUGCCGCCCUCGAUGGCCUUCAGGCCGAGUUUGACGGCGGGAAACAUGACGCCCUGGGGCGCUUCAGUCCCGCAUGA